CAGAAAGAGACACAACACUUUAUAGGAAGGAAUGAAACAGAGGCUUAGGGUGGAAAUAAUUCCCUCUCUCUCUUUCUCUCUCAGCCUUGUAUGAGACCAGCCGGCCAAGAAAAUCGGAGAGAUCCUGGAAUUUGCCGACACAGACGACUUUAGUAGACAACGGAUUGCUUUAAUUUUUUUAUUUGGAGAAAGCUUCCCCCUUUCUCUUGCUUGGGGAUAAGCAGGGAAACCUCCUCCCAACACUCCCCUCAAAAGUUUUGGAAACUUUUCUAGGCUCCUGAUCGUCGGCGUCUGACCAUGACGGUCCUCUGGCUCAUGUUGCUAAGCUUGGGUGGCUACGCUGGAGGCGAUCCUUUUCCAGGGGGCAUCUGCUGGCUACAGCAGGGACGGGAACCCAAGUGCACCGUGAUCGUCCGGACCGGCGUUACAUGGGAGGAGUGCUGCGCCAACGGCAACACGGAAAUGGCCUGGUCAAACGCCUCGCACCCGGACAACAAGAUCAGCUUUCUCAGGGUCCUGGGCCUGGUGACGUGCCACCCGUGCAAAGAGACAUGUGAAGGCGUAGACUGUGGGCCGGGGAAGGAGUGUAAGAUGAAAUACGGGCGCCCUCACUGUACCUGCGCCCCGGACUGCUCUCACUUGCCCCGGAAGCUUCAGGUGUGCGGUUCGGAUGGCUUCACCUACAGAGACGAGUGCGAGUUACUCACGGCCAAGUGCCGAGGCCACCCGGACCUGGAAGUGAUGUAUCAAGGCCGCUGCAAAAAGUCUUGUUCGGCCGUCGUCUGUCCUGGAACCCAUACCUGUGUGGUGGACCAGACGGGGAGCGCCCACUGCGUGAUGUGCAGGGCCGCCCCUUGCCCGGAUCCUACCAGCAUAGACCACACCAUCUGCGGGAACAACAACGUCACGUACCCUUCCACCUGUCAUCUACGUCGAGCCACCUGUUUCUUGGGGCGAUCCAUCGGAGUCCGGCAUUACGGAAGCUGUGCAGUCCCAAGCAAGUUCUCCCUGGGCACAGAUGAUGCAGAAGAAAACUCCAUCUAAAAAAAGUGUUUCUGCUGCCCGUCCUGUCGUCCGGACCUGCGGGGCCCUCCGCUGCAAGGAUGUACAGCCCGUAGAUUCUCGCGGAUAUUUAUUGCAA